GCGAGCGCGGCUCGACUCGGUGCCCGGGCAGCUCCACAUUGUUGCGGAUCGCUGGGACCCGGCAGAGCGAGCAGCUGCGGCGCUGCGGGGACGCGGCGCCCCGGGUCGCUCUCCUCGCCUGGAGCCACACCGCCCGAUCGCCUGGGCCGCCGAGCCGCGCGCCCUCCGCCUGGGCCCCGAGCCCACCGCGCCGCCCGCCCGCCGCCCUCGCUCGUCCCGCCGCCCUCGGAGGACGGCCGCCCAUGGACGCCUUCAAGUUGGAGCCGAGCGGGAGGGUGUGAGCGCGCCGGGGGCCGGGAGCCCGCGCCGGGCAGCCGGGCGCGCCGGGGGUGGGUCCCUCUCCCCAGCCCGGCUCUGAGUGGAAGAAGAGGGCGGGGACCGGCGCGGGGAGGAGAGCGGAGGAGGAGAAGGGGGCAUGACUCGUGCAACUUGCGGCGGGCAUCUGCCGAGCCUCUGAGCCGGCGGCCGCCCGGGGCCCGGAUUGCGUCCGCGCCGAUCCCACCCAGCCCACCCCGCCCCGGCCGAAGGCUGAGGUUGACCUGGAUCUUCAGAGCGCCCGCCGGCCUGCAGGGAUCGCCUUCGUCUUCCGGGCUGCUUUCUGGAGCGCGAGGAGCGCUCUCCUCGCGGCCCCUCUCGCCGGACCCCCGGACCCCGAUGGCUCGGAUGGGGCUUGCGGGCGCCGCUGGACGCUGGUGGGGACUCGCUCUCGGCUUGACCGCCUUCUUCCUCCCAGCAACCUGUGAGCUAGAGAGGACUGGAUUAUCUGCCCCAUUUAUCAGACGAGGGAACCGAGGCCUGGGAAGGUGAAGCAGCUGGUGGCCCCUCUGCUGAGCCUCUGCUCAAAAAGCAGCACAUUCAACCCUCAUCAAAAAUAAGGGUGUGGACGGAUAUUUACUGCCAUGGAGCAACAUUGAUGAUAUAUCACUAAGUGAAAAGACAGUUUAUGGAACAGAUUACGGCGCCCACACCCAGGUGGUCCAGGUGAACGACUCCAUGUACGGUUUCAUCGGCACGGACGUGGUGCUGCACUGCAGCUUCGCCAACCCGCUGCCCGGCGUGAAGAUCACCCAGGUCACGUGGCAGAAGGCCACCAACGGCUCCAAGCAGAACGUGGCCAUCUACAACCCUGCCAUGGGCGUCUCGGUGCUGGCCCCCUACCGUGAGCGCGUGGAGUUCCUGCGGCCCUCCUUCACAGAUGGCACCAUUCGCCUCUCCCGCCUGGAGCUGGAGGAUGAGGGCGUCUACAUCUGCGAGUUUGCCACCUUCCCUGCCGGCAAUCGAGAGAGCCAGCUCAAUCUCACUGUGAUGGCCAAACCCACCAACUGGAUAGAGGGCACCCAGGCAGUGCUUCGAGCCAGGAAGGGGCAGGAUGACAAGGUCCUCGUGGCCACCUGCACCUCGGCCAAUGGGAAGCCUCCCAGUGUGGUGUCCUGGGAGACGCGGCUGAAGGGUGAGGCGGAGUACCAGGAGAUCCGGAACCCCAACGGCACGGUGACCGUCAUCAGCCGCUACCGCCUGGUGCCCAGCCGGGAAGCCCACCAGCAGUCCCUGGCCUGCAUCGUCAACUACCACAUGGACCGCUUCCGUGAAAGCCUCACCCUCAAUGUGCAGUACGAGCCCGAGGUGACCAUCGAGGGCUUCGAUGGGAACUGGUACCUGCAGCGGAUGGAUGUGAAGCUCAAGUGCAAAGCUGAUGCCAACCCCCCAGCCACCGAGUACCACUGGACCACGCUGAAUGGCUCCCUCCCCAAGGGUGUGGAGGCCCAGAACAGAACUCUCUUCUUCAGGGGACCUAUCAACUACAGCCUGGCAGGAACCUACGUCUGUGAGGCCACCAACCCCAUCGGCACCCGCUCAGGCCAGGUGGAGGUCAAUAUCACAGAGUUCCCCUACACCCCGUCUCCUCCCGAACACGGGCGGCGCGCCGGGCCAGUGCCCACGGCCAUCAUUGGGGGCGUGGUGGGGAGCGUCCUGCUGGUGCUGACCGUGGUUGGCGGCAUCGUGGUGGCCCUGCGCCGGCGCCGUCACACCUUCAAGGGUGACUACAGCACCAAGAAGCACGUGUACGGCAAUGGCUACAGCAAGGCCGGCAUCCCCCAGCACCACCCGCCCAUGGCCCAGAACCUGCAGUACCCUGAGGACUCGGACGACGAGAAGAAAGCCGGCCCCCUGGGCGGCAGCAGCUACGAGGAGGAAGAAGAGGAGGAGGGCGGAGGGGGCGAGCGCAAGGUGAGCGGCCCUCACCCCAAAUAUGAUGAGGACGCCAAGCGGCCCUAUUUCACGGUGGAUGAGGCGGAGGCCCGUCAGGACGGCUGCUACGGGGACCGGACUCUGGGCUACCAGUACGACCCUGAGCCGCUGGACUUGGCCGAAAACAUGGUUUCUCAGAACGACGGGUCUUUCAUUUCCAAGAAGGAGUGGUACGUGUAGCCCCGUCUGCAGAGCCCCUGCCCCAAGCCCACACCCGCACGCCCCCUGCCCGCCCCCCACCGUCCACUGCCCCAGGAGCUCGGCAGAGACUCACCCAGCUGCUCGGGGUACCUGGGAGCCCAGGGCACGCGACCUGGCUUUGUUUUGAUUUCCUCCCUGCCCCCCCACCCUCCCCCAUGGUGUGUGUUCACUGUGGCUUCGGUGUUGCUGGUACCUUUCCUCCCCUGACCUCACCUGCCGCCCUCCGCAGGGAGCCCUAGUCCCGUCUUGUGUACCUAGACAUCCCUCCGGGAUUUGGGGAGCCAGCCCUCCCCCGCCCCCAACACUGGAAUUUGUCUGUGUCCUCUCUCUGCGGGUGGAGGGCUGAAGGGGCUCCAAGAGGAGAAGCCCCCUGCCGCCGACCCCAGAUGCUGCUCCUUUUUCCCUGGGAGAGGGAACCCGGCACCCACUCCCCCAUCCCACCGUGAGCUGACCAGCUGGAGUUCGAACCCCCGGUCUAGGCAGCCAUUGCACCCAAGGGGUAGGGGAGGGGGGGCGGCUUUUCCGAAGCACCCAGGGUUGUCUUUGUUUGUUAAGUGAAUCAAGCUGAAGUCCCCACCUGAGGCCUUGGGCAGUGUGUUUUCCUGGCAAGGUUAGUUUUACAUUUUUUUUCCUCAUUGGCCUCCAGAGAGUUAAGGUAGACUCUGGCCCACACUUCCGAUACACUUCUACCAACACGUACGCACACUUACACACACACACACACUUACACACACACACACACACACACACACACACACACGCUGCCCAUGUCUACCCCUGUGCUCCCCCUGGGGUCACAUGCCUUACCCAGGCUGGACACUGCCCAAGACCCGCCUCUCUGCUCCACCUCUCCCCCUUCCUUCCAGCUGAGGAUGGGGGCAGCCUUCAGAAGCUUCCAGGGAGAGCUGAGACUGGUCCCUUCGGUGCCUCCACCCUAGCAUCUCAGGCUGGCUCUUAACUGCUUCUUAUAGCAUGGAAGUUUCUUGAAUUUCUCCCUAUCUAUCAAGUGCUAGCAACUCUUGAUUUUCUUGGGGAGUCAGAGCUGGGAUCCCAGAAGGGAAUGACCUCCAGGAGCUACAGGUGAAGGAGGAUCAAUGCAGAGGGCAACAGAGAAGGAAGCCCGCACAAUAGGAGCUCUGCAAACACAGGCUGAUAAGACUGCAGAGCGCAGGUAGCUCCUGGCCCACAAAGGCCAGUGUAGGUGCUCCGGGCCUGCCAGAAAGUGCGAGGGGAACGGGAAGCCAGGGAUCCUGAGUCUGAAGCUCCUGCUCGCCACCCUCCCCGUCCUGCUUCAGCUCUCCCUGGUCUCCAUUCUGGAUGAGGUGGGGAACCCUGGAGAAGCUUCCCCUUUGAGUUGUAGAUUCCCUUCUUGAAUGGGGCUCUGGGUUCCUGUCAAUCACCCGAGACUGAUGGUCUUCCCCAGGAUGCCAUGGAGCAAGGCCCCUCCCAGCCCCUUCUUUGCUCCCCCAGCUCAAAGUGCCUCAGUCCCUCCAUUUGCCUACCCCAUCCCCCCAGCACUCUAGAUGGGAAAGACCCUGGGAUGGGAGAGACAGCUUCAUGCCCGCUCAUGAGGAUUCCAGUGGACUUAGCCCAGGGCGCAGGGGCUCUGUGGAAUGGCAAGUGUUGGGGGGAGGAAGGCACACCACUCUGUGCCCCACGGGCACCAACGUACCCCGCCAUAGGCUUCCCAAGGGAGCCCCCAGCCUCCCGCCCUACUCCUCCCCUCCCUGGUGCUGCUGUGGAACCCCCAGCCAGCUCCGUCUCUGCCCUGGCAACCCUGGACCCACCAGCUGGAUCACGCUCCUCCCCCAGCCUCCACUGCCCUAGCCCCAGCCCAGACCACCCAGUAGCCACGUAGCAGAAGUCUGAAGCCAUGCCAGCCCUGGGGCGGCACUCCCCUCUCUUGGCAUUGGGGGUACUGGAUGGGAUGGAGUUGGGAGAAACUUCUGGGGUCUUUCUAGCCACAGGGCAGAGGGGGUGAAGGAGCUGGGCUGCAUCUCCCAGCAGUAUUAGUGUCCCCCCCAGGGCAGAGGACCUUUUCCAUGUUACAUCACUACCCCAUCCCACCUCACACCACCCUGGCCCCUCUGCUUGGUCCCCUUGCCCCCAGGCAGGAGGAAAUCCCAGGGGCCUGCCUGAUAGAGGCAUUCUCUGUCCCCUUGAAAUCACAAGACUGAAAAGACUCUUCCUCUUGUGUCUCCCGUAUCUGCACUGCCACCCCCUCUUCCUCCUUCUAUGAUGGACUUAGGAGGCCCCCGGGCCUAGCCAAAGCACUGAGUCCCCCUUAAGACACCUCCAAGCCCUCCCCUCCAGCAAAGCACAAAUUGUGGGGUCCAUGCCAGAUGUGUGGGCCACGUAGGAGGCUCCUGCCUUGGCGGGGACCCAUCAGCAGCACGCCCAGCAGGGCAGCUGCUACCCGGGGCCAAGAGUCGGCACGAGGCCGGGGUCGGCACUUGGGCCUGGGGUGACGGGGUUUUCUGUGCCCCAAGUUUGUGGGGCGGUGGGUACUACUGCUGCUGGGCCCAUAGCCACAGCCGCUGGCACAGGGGAGUCCUGGCCCAGCAGAGAGACAAGGACGUCUUGCUUCUCCGUGCCCCCAACAUGAGCUGAGCUUCUGCCUUUGCUGGAAAUGAAAUAAACUUGGUCUGCAUUGUGCCAAGGCCUCCCCCCACUUGUCAUCCUGCCUCUUGUUGCCCUCCCCGUCCCUGCCCGCCCCCCACUCCACCAAUACCCCUCUUUCCUUAAGAUUUUGAUAUUGUUCUAAUGUGUAACAACCCUCUGAGUCCCCUUUGACGGGAAGGAUCUGAAGAGCAGCGCACAUGGAAUCAGGGAACACAGGCACGCACGCGCAGCCCCGUCAGGCCUGGCCCAUGCGUGCGCGGGGGCGCACGCCCCCCGACAGACCCAAGCACAGGUGCCCCAGCCCCACAGACGUGCCAAGGGGCUGGGCUGGUCCUGCUGAAAGCCCUUCAGGAAAAACGGAUUUCCCAGCGCUCGGGCCAUAAGAGAGACUCACGGGGGCCCUCUUUCCCAGGCAUGUGCCCCCAUGCCAACGCCCCUCCCGCGUGCCCGAGUCACUGGUGCAAUAAUUUUUCUGCCAUCCUCCAAGCAGAGGAAUCGAGGAUUGUGUUAGGUGGUGUGGGCAGCUCACGUGGGAGCAGGGGAGGGCUGCCAGGCCCCCCGGGGGCCAGACGGAGACCUUCUAGGCCUGACUGCCACCAGGAACCCUCAGGUGGGCCCCACCAGGCCCCAGGCCCACGGGGAGACGUGCCCAGGCCCCUGUGCCAUGGCCCAGGCGGUGAGGGCUUCUGGGACCUCGCUGCUGCCGCCCGAUCGUAAGGCCAGAGGAGCCCCUGCCCCACCCAGUGUGUGCUGCUCUUCUGACUCCUGCCGUGAGGAAUGGGAUUCUUGGCCGGAAACAAACAAAAACAAUGGUUCUUUUUUUGUAUAAAUGGAAACAAAAUCCAGGAGAAGCUGCCCCCUCCCCUCCCCCCAGAGUGUGAUGCACUACCUUUGCUUCAAUUUCUUAGUCACUGUUUUCGUCUUUGGUCCCAGGGACGGCCCAGCAGAUUCUCCUGGUUCUAACCCAGGGGGUGUUUGCAUCACCCCCUUUUACUUGUAUAAAAAAAAAAAAAAAUGAUGGGUUGAAAAAUGUACUGAGAAAAAAAAAUGUACUUUUUUAUAAAUAAAGUC